CCAGGGCAGGGCGAGCCGAACCUCCGCAGCCACCGCCAAGUUUGGCCGCGCCGCCGGGGCUGCUGUCGCCCGCACCAUGUCCGCGGCCGCCUACAUGGACUUCGUGGCUGCCCAGUGUCUGGUUUCUAUUUCGAACCGCGCUGCGGUGCCGGAGCAUGGGGGCGCUCCGGACACCGAGCGACUGCGACUACCUGAGCGCGAGGUGACCAAGGAGCACGGUGACCCGGGGGACACCUGGAAGGAUUACUGCACGCUGGUCACCAUCGCCAAGAGCUUGUUGGACCUGAACAAGUACCGACCCAUCCAGACCCCCUCGGUGUGCAGCGACAGUCUGGAGAGUCCGGAUGAGGAUAUGGGAUCCGACAGCGACGUGACCACCGAAUCUGGGUCGAGUCCUUCUCACAGCCCGGAGGAGAGACAGGAUCCUGGCAGCGCGCCCAGCCCGCUCUCCCUCCUCCACCCUGGAGUGGCUGCGAAGGGGAAACACGCCUCCGAAAAGAGGCACAAGUGCCCCUACAGUGGCUGUGGGAAAGUCUAUGGAAAAUCCUCCCAUCUCAAAGCCCAUUACAGAGUGCAUACAGGUGGGAGAAACUUCAAGUUACUUCAAUUCCAAGGUUGCAAACUAGAGGCCUGCCGCUGGGCCGGCUUCACAAAUCUGUUUGGCAUGGCCAACACAGAGUUAAUAGAAAAUGUAAUUAGUUACCAACAUUUGAAAAUCUGAAGAUUCGGCACGAAUCCAGAGUUCUGGCUUCUCUGGAAAAAUCGAUCGAUUGGGCAGUACUGGGCCUGAAUUCCUACCCAGCAACAACUGGCUUGAACUGAUCAUUUUUUACAGGGCAGUGUCCUUUAUUAUUUUAAUCAUUUACAUCAUCUCUGUUGGCAUGUAAGUUUACCACCCCCUCUUCGUUUGACCCUCAGUUUCUUAAUCCACUGGGUAGGCUAUUAUCACUGAACCUCCUCAUAGGUUCUUGUGCAAAGAUUAAAUAACAUAGACAAAGCACCUAAUAUAGGAUUCCACAUACAGAAAGCCCUCAGGAAAUUCUGGAUCUUACAGUUUGCGUGUAAUAGAGAGGGAUUCCUCCAAAUCAGGAACCAGGAUAAACUUAUUUUUAAGUAGUACGUCGGUUUGCAUUUUAUAAUACUAUGCUCAAUUUGCUUUUCUUCAGCCUCUGGGUCAGAUAUUCUUCCCCAGUAAUGUGCUUCUAACCUUUAAGCAACGGAUCCACGGUUAAUCUGAAAAAUGCCGCACAUACAUUCUUUCUCGUUUCCAGACUUUUGGGACACUUUAGAGGGUAUUUAUGGUAACGUUUCAGCUUAACAAUUAGACCCAUUACAGUACUUUGCUUGAAAACACAUGGAACAUAUAUAUAUAUAUAUUUUAAAUGCAAGCAGUUUGAAGUUUAUCCUGUCACACCCCCCACAGACCCACACCCACAUCACCACCAUCACCUACGUGCCCGUGUGCACGCGCACACAGAAGUCCCCUCACAGCCCCCACAUCCACACCCACACACUCCUCCCCCACCUCAGAGCACGUACCCCAAACUGGCUCCACAAAUACGUGCUCACUCUGCAGGCCUCCUGCCACACCAACAUCUCCUCAACCCCCCAUGAGCACUAAAAAAAAAAAA